AUGGUCUCGAAGGUGGACGCGAGCAUCGGGUGCGAGCCGCGCUACGGGACCCACCAGCGCGCGCGCGACAUGGGCGACAAGGCCGACGGCGACUUCGAAUUCGCGAUCCCGCCGGAGGCGCCGGUUUUCGAGCCCACCUCGGAGGAGUUCCUGGACCCGCUGGGCUACAUCGCGAAGAUCCGCCCGAUCGCCGAGAAAUCCGGCAUCUGCAAGAUCAAGCCGCCGCCAAACUGGCAGCCGCCGUUUGCUGUCGACGUCGACAAAUUCAAGUUCGUCCCGAGGAUACAGAGGCUCAACGAGCUCGAGGCCAAGACCAGGAUAAAGUUGAAUUUUUUAGACCAAAUUGCGAAGUUCUGGGAACUUCAGGGCUCCUCCUUAAAGAUCCCCCUCGUUGAGCGAAAGGCUUUGGACCUGUACUCGUUGCAUCGGAUCGUUACGGAAGAAGGUGGAAUCGAAACCGUAACGAAGGAGCGACGAUGGGCGAAAAUCGCGAACAAAUUGGGCUACCCAUCGGGCAGGAGCGUGGGCAGCAUUUUAAAGAACCAUUACGAGAGGAUCCUGUACCCCUUCGACGUCUUCAAGCAAGGGAAAACCUUAACCGAUUUAAAAAUCGAGCUGGAGACGGAGGAGAAGCCAGAGAAAAACGAGAAGAAAGACCGCGACUACAAGCCCCAUGGUAUAAUAUCGCGGCAACAAAUUAAACCUCCGAACGAGAAGUUUUCGAGGCGCUCGAAACGGUUUGCCGGCCAGGAGGAGAAACAUGGAAACGGCUUGCCGAUCAAGCAGGAGGAUUGCAAGGAAGAGUGCGAGUCCGAUAACGAAUCUAAAGACGUACACAAAUUCGUGGACCUGCAAAGGGAUGAAGAUAGCAAGGACAGCAAAGAACUGCGGAAGUUGCAGUUUUACGGUGCCGGUCCGAAGAUGGCUGGUUUUAAUACCAAAGACUCUAAAAAGGGGAAUAAGACGAGGGGAGUCAAGCUCCACUACGACUUUGAUCCGCUGGCAAAGUACAUUUGUCACAACUGCGGAAGGGGCGAUACCGAGGAAAGUAUGCUCCUUUGCGAUGGAUGCGACGACAGCUACCACACGUUUUGCCUUUUGCCACCGUUGACAGAAAUUCCAAAAGGGGAUUGGCGCUGUCCAAAGUGCGUCGCCGAGGAGGUUUCAAAACCGAUGGAAGCUUUCGGAUUCGAGCAAGCCCAGAGGGAAUAUACUCUACAGCAAUUUGGCGAAAUGGCUGACCAGUUUAAAAGCGACUAUUUCAACAUGCCCGUGCACAUGGUACCGACAUCUUUAGUAGAAAAGGAGUUUUGGCGAAUUGUUUCGUCGAUCGACGAGGACGUCACCGUCGAAUACGGGGCGGAUCUGCACACGAUGGACCAUGGUUCUGGAUUCCCGACGAAAACUAGCGUCAAUUUAUUUACCUGCGAUCAGGAGUACGCCGAGUCGUCCUGGAAUUUGAACAACUUACCCGUUCUACGCAGCAGCGUCUUAGGCCACAUCAACGCAGACAUCAGUGGCAUGAAAGUACCCUGGAUGUACGUUGGCAUGUGUUUUGCGACGUUCUGCUGGCACAACGAGGACCAUUGGAGCUAUUCCAUUAAUUAUUUGCAUUGGGGUGAACCAAAGACUUGGUACGGUGUUCCUGGAUCCCUAGCCGAGCGGUUUGAGCACUCGAUGAAAUCUGCGGCUCCGGAAUUAUUUCACAGUCAGCCCGAUCUGCUGCAUCAGUUGGUCACGAUUAUGAAUCCUAACAUUCUUAUGAACGAAGGAGUACCGGUAUUUAGAACGGAUCAACAUGCAGGGGAAUUCGUAGUCACGUUUCCACGGGCCUAUCACGCUGGUUUUAAUCAAGGCUACAAUUUCGCAGAAGCCGUGAAUUUUGCCCCUGCGGAUUGGCUGAAAAUGGGUAGAGAUUGCAUUACCCACUACUCGAAUCUCAGGCGAUUCUGCGUGUUCUCUCACGACGAACUCGUCUGCAAGAUGUCAUUGGAUCCAGAUUCUUUAGACAUCGGAAUCGCAACUGCAACUUAUCACGACAUGCUGCAGAUGGUGGACGACGAAAAGAAAUUACGGAAAAAUCUUCUGGAAUGGGGAGUAACGGAAGCAGAAAGAGAGGCCUUUGAGUUAUUACCCGACGAUGAGAGGCAGUGUGAGGCAUGUAAAACGACUUGCUUUCUCAGUGCGGUGACCUGUUCGUGUCACAGUUCGCAAUUGGUGUGCCUGCGGCAUUUUACGGAUCUCUGUGAUUGUUUACCGGAGAAGCAUACGUUACGAUAUCGGUAUACUUUAGACGAAUUGCCCAUAAUGUUGCAAAAAUUGAAACUUAAGGCAGAGUCGUUUGACUCAUGGGUUACCAAAGUGAAAGAGGCAAUGGACCCUCAAGGUGACAAAAUCGAACUCAGUGAACUAAAAGAAUUGCUGAACGAAGCGGAAACAAAGAAAUUCCCCGAAAGUGAACUAUUGACGGCAUUAACAACGGCGGUUCAGGAUGCUGAAAAAUGUGCUAGCGUUGCCCAGCAACUUUUAAAUAACAAACAGCGAACUAGGACCAGGCAAACUGUGGAUACCAAGUACAAACUUACCGUCGAAGAGUUAACUCUUUUUUAUAAGGAAAUUACGAAUCUAUGUUGCGAACUUAAGGAAUCUGAUGGAGUAAAAUACAUCUUAGAUCAAGUCUUACAGUUUCAAAAGGAUGCGGAAGAAAUAGAAUCUGACGGAGAUAAUUGCAAUGUAGAGAAGCUUGAAAAAUGUAUAGACUUUGGAGAUUCCAUUUGUAUCGAGUUACCUCAACUUGCGCGCCUGAAACAAAGGUUAAUGCAAAUUCAAUGGCUGGAGGAAGUGAAAGUGAUUCAAGAAGAACCAAAAUCCGCGAGCCGAGAAGAUAUAGCUCAGUUGGUGGAAAAAGGAAUGACUAUCCCCCCGCAUAUCAGCAUUGAGACUACUCUAGCUAAGCUGCAGCAUCUUCUUGUCAACAUUGAAAAGUGGGAGGAAAGAGCCAAACUUUACCUACAGACAAAAAACAGGCAGACCGUGACCGCCGUCGAAGAAUUUCUUCACGAAGCCGAAGAGAUCGAAGCAUAUUUGCCCAGUCUGGACAAUUUACAAGACACUCUGACAAAGGCCAAAGGUUGGAGCAAAACUGUAGAAGAUAUCCAAGCGAGAGAGAACUUUCCGUAUUAUGACACAUUAGACGACUUAGUCCGCAAAGGUAGAAACAUCCCAUUACAUCUGGAUGCUCUGCCGAUACUCGAAUCCACUUUAUCCCAAGCAAAAUCCUGGAAGGAGCGGACGGCUAGAACUUUUCUUAGGAAAAAUUCUCACUAUACCUUGAUGGAAGCUCUGUCUCCGAGAAUAGGUGUCGGAGUUCAAGCAAUGAAGACGAAAAGAAAUCGGGGUGACGAGUCCGUUGGAGCAGUUUACGUUUGCGACACAAAACUUGACGAUACGAAUGACUCGGCCAACGUUGUCGCUGCUUUCAAGUUGGCCGAGCAGCGCGAAAUGGAAGCCAUGCGAAAUUUAAGAGAGAGGAAUAUCUUGAAGACUGCCAUGGAAGAUGCCAGGUACUGCGUUUGCCGCAGACCGAGGUUUGGCUUAAUGUUGCAAUGCGAGCUGUGCAAGGAUUGGUUCCAUUCAAAUUGUGUUCCCAUGCCGAAAACAACGUAUAAAGGUAAACUGCCAAUGUCACGGGAGACCAAAUUCCUUUGUCCAUGCUGCUUGAGAUCUCGUAGACCUCGUUUGGAAACGAUCUUGGCGCUUCUAGUAAGCCUACAGAAAAUUCCUGUUAGAUUACCGGAAGGGGAAGCUUUACAGUGUCUCACGGAGAGAGCGAUGAACUGGCAGGAUCGAGCUAGGCAAGCUUUGGCCACGGAAGAACUUUCCUCGGCAUUGGCCAAAUUAUCGGUACUUUCGCAAAAAAUGGUCGAAGCGGCAGCUAGAGAGAAAACCGAGAAAAUUAUCAGUAGUGAAUUGAAGAAGGCAGCCAACAAUCCUGAACUUCAUCAAAGAGUGCAAGCUAUCGCUCCUCUCAGCGGGGUGCACUCCGAUGACAGUGCUCCUAGUACUAUCGACGAUGAUGACGACGUAGUUACCAUUGACGACGACGAGCCCACGUGCAGUACCUUCAACAGUAACGAACACACGUAUUCCUACGUCUCGAAGUUCCAGCCCAAGGCUCAACCUCACAAUGCCGAAGCUGCCGUUAUUUUAUCGGACAGUGCAAGGAUGCGGUUAGAGGAGUUGAUGAUGGAAGGAGACUUGCUGGAGGUAGCUUUGGACGAGACCCAACACAUCUGGAGGAUUCUGAGCCACACGAAUACUCCAAAUAGCAUGCGAAAGUACGCUGCUUUCGACGACGUUCGAGCGGCCGUUAAUCAUGACGCCAGGGAGAUUAAAAAACGCGGUAGAAAGCGAAAGUCGGAUGAGUUUGAGUUGCUGAAAAAACUCGGCCGGCAGAAAUUAGAGGAGAACAAUUUGAUUAAACGAAAAGGCCUGAACAAGGACAAGAAAGUUCUAAAUCCUCCAGGACAAGUGAAGCGCGGCCCGAGAAAGAUCAAACGCAAGGAAGGAGAGGAGGGGCCCAAAAAACGAAGGGGCAACCGGAAAAAAACUAAGCAAGACACCUCCGACGAAGAAGACGAUUGCGCUGCCGUCAGCUGUUUACGACCAAGCGGUCGCGAAGUAGAUUGGGUGCAAUGCGACGGUGGUUGCGACGGUUGGUUCCACAUGCACUGCGUCGGUCUGGAUCGCACAAAAAUAGCCGAGGAAGAUGACUUUAUUUGCAGUAAUUGCAAAGACGCGGAUCAGAGUGCAACGUUGCGAGCGCCAGAUCCACUGGCCGAAUCAUUAGGCCUGGAUGCACUUCUUUCCCUUUCUCAGUCCCAGGGGUACCACAGCACGGACACCGAGCCGGAGAUACAGGAGACGUCGUCCUUCGUCAGGAUCUACUAGCCCCGAAGCGCCUCCAGCUAGUUUUGCACAAAGCUACUAUGGUACAGAAAUCCAAAAGCCACCGACAAUGCCGACGAAAAAAAAGUGUCGGCGACAAAAUGAGAGAGAGGUCCUCGACGGAAAGGACCGCGAACCGAUUGUCGCCUGGGCUUGUCGACAUCCCAAAGCACCGAGGCUGGUGGUCUUCGAGAAUUCCUAAAUACCGAAGGUAAAACGUUGAAAGAUGACUUCCCGAAAAGGGAGAGAAAGAGAGACCGAGAGAAAGAGGAAGGGAGGGUGAGGAAGUAAGAAACCAAGUGGAGAGGAUAAAAUUGCGAGAGUAUUCCUACGCAUUCUGAUAUGAACAGUAUCGCCAAAUGUACGUCUUCGUUUCCCUAAUUUUAAUUACGACGGGCGAGCUUGGUUACGCGCGGAUACAGAUUCUCGUUUACUUUUUACCUUCUUGGGACUGACGCGCUAGUGCGGUCGCAAACAUUCUAAUAUUACCCCAGAGCGAUGUUUCGUUUUUAGUAUUCUACGUUAGAGUGGAUCCCGGCUGUUGUCGCACGGAACGGGAUAACGUGUAAUGUCUUAAUACCCACCGUGGAUAAUUAUUUACAGAAAGGAUGAGCGAUUCGUUCAUGUCGGCCUGGGUGUAUCGGUUAAAGUGUUCUUUGAGGGAAAGAAAGGGGGGCUCGAAUCGAGUUACCGCAUCGGGAACCAUUAUUCUCUUUUUUUUUUUUCUGGUGUGAUAUCGUAAGGAACCGACCACGCUCGGUUUCGCUUUCAUUGGCUUUAUCGUUAUGGUACUCUGUAUAUGUUCUUCCUUACUUUUUAUCGACGAGGAAAUGCGUCUAGGAGAGGACGAAUCUUUUGUAUCGCGGAUGUGCUCGUCGCGGAUGAACCGCGACACGCGAUCGUUCCUCGUUUACUUAACUCGAUGCACGGUUUUGUCGAUGCCCACAGAUUGGACGUUAUCGUUCGAACGCUCGAUAGAUGCCGAUACGCGAGACGAUGCGGAAUGAAACGAUUUUAUAAAUAAGGAGGCAUUCUUUUAGUGUCGUAGGUCAGAGACGACGGUCUCGCGCUACUUCUCACCAUGUGUCGCCGCGAUGCCAUGUCGGGAUGUGUCUCGAGGGCUGCGGUUUGUCAACUACUAUACCAGUAUAUCGUGAUGCUAAUACGAUAAUGUUUACUCCUCACUCUGUAUCGUCAUUUUCGUUUGAGAAAUGCACAAAGAUGCGACAUUUUUUCAUUACAUUGUACGAUAGUAAUUGGAGGUACAACAGAUUUUUUUUUUAUUAAUCGUAUGGUGCUCUCUGGUUUCUCGGAAACCGUACCUGCUUGGUAUUGCAUUUUUAGCAAUUUAUCGUUUACAAUAAAUCGGUAGACUCAUUUUCAUUCAGAAUACGGUUCACUAUAAUUUGCGUUAAAAUUUAGUGAUCUUGUAAAUUUAUGUAUUAGCAUCAUGUAAUAUACGCAGCACACGAGAUACCAGUGAUAGGGAGUAAAAGAUUCAGAUGUGCUCAAAUUCUCCCGAAACGAGAACAGUUUCUCGCCGCGGCUUUACAUUAAAGGAUCCUACAUAGUUAUUAGAAUCGUCAAGAUGUACGUGUAAAGAUUUUGUAGACUGAUUAAAAUGAUUUUCGCGCGAUUCGCUGGGAGAAAGAAAGAUCCGUUUAAGUUGUUUCAUAGUUUUUUUUUUUUUUACUUCGUUAACUUACCGCGAUGGCCGGGACUCGGACGAGCUCCCGUCCAUUACGCGGCGUGUACAGACUGGGUAUAAUAUGUAUUAAAAUAGAUUUAUAUCGUUCAUCGGGAAACAAUCGAUGUGUAAGACACACGUAGAUGUACAAAAGAGCGAGAGAGGGGGAUAAACGAGGGACUUUUCAAAAAUUCAGCAUAUCUACUAUGCCUUUUUUUGGGAAGUUUCGAUCAGUCUAUAUACACGCAGCGAUGUCUUGCAUCUUGGCUAAGUGCGCCGUGAGGUCGUCGUUUUCUUCGUGUAGGUGUAGUAUAUCUCGUUUCAUUCAAGUAUUUAUUCGUCGCGGAUUCACAAUUAUUGUGUCGUUAUCCUCGCGAAAGGUGUCAAAGUGACGUUCGUCUUUAUUCGACCGGUGUUUAUUUAAUAACUUAUCGUCAAAGCUUCGGAGUUGGCCGCAUCGACAUUUCGACCUAUGUCUAUUCCAGGAUUUUUUUACGGUAAAUCCACGAUUCCUAUAAUAGAGAGUAUGCGUGAAACCGUUAUUCCGCUUAUUUCGAGACGAUAUCAACUUAGGAGUCUUUUAAAUAGCAGUUGUUAAUGACGACGUUACGACGUUCAGUCCGGGCUGACUGACUGACUUAGCAAUUGGAUGCAAAUUACACAGUAAAUUUGGAUGUUCUAUCGCGGCGAGAGCCGUCGCCUAAUGCCUCCGAAAGUCCCUUUUGAUAUUGUCAGUUGUGAUAUUUGUUUAUAAAAUGAGGGGAGCAAAAAGUAAAAAAAAAAAAUGUGUACUGAUUACUAUCUUCUCGGGACUGGAUUCUUUAUUGAACGAAGAAAGGAUCCAGCGAAACUCGUGCAUGUUCUCUAUUCACUUUGUUGCCUUGUAAGGUACGAUACAGUCGAGCCGAAUAAAUAUCGAUGCGCCAGACUCUUGACAGAGUUGGGUCGAGCAGUUGCUUCUCCUUCCUGCUACGAGUACAAAAGUAUCGACAUCAAAAUCAAACUCGUUUGCGUUGAAUUUACAAAAUAGUUCACUUAUUACGGAUUCGUCCGACUGUUUCUCCCAACUCUGAACCAUACCGCGACAGUCUCCAUUUGCGAGCAUUGCCAAACGCUGACUGAAAAAAAAAGAGAAAAAAUCACCAAGAAGUCUCAUCGUUCUCGCGAGAAAUUCAAAUUGCCACGUCUCCACUAUCUUCCUGGCCGUGAGAAAGUUUCUUGUUCUCCGCGUUAAUAAUGUCCAGAAUAAAAUCCAAUGCGGCGUCGGAAACUCGACUUCGCGCUUUGCGAAGUCUCAGAGUCGAGAGAUCUAGUGCACAUCGUAUGUGACAAUUCUCUCGAAUGCGUUGUAGAUGUAGCGGGUGAUUUUUAACUAUUGGGUUGGUGCAUAAGUUUCUGCGUAUUUUUUUUGUAACUAGUUUUCCUAGUUUAAAAAAACUCACCAACUUAUGCACCAAUCCAAUACUUCGUCAGUCGGGGGAUGUAUCUCGCGGGUCCACUCUGGGCCGGUCGAAUUUCUCGCAGCUUAAAUGUAUUGUAAAAAGAAGAAAAAUCAAAGAGCGAGACUCGUAACGCGAUUCCUCGGUGUCCGGCGCAAAAAGCGUGGCAAUCGUUAACCAACGAUCGAGCGGCAAUUUCGGCGUCGAUGUGCGAAAACAAGUGAACAAACGUCAUUUCGCGAUCCGACAUUCGACGCGAGCGAGAACGUCCAAGAGACGACCGGUUACUUUCUCGGUCGAGCCCGCAAGAGGUGUAUUAAAUUGGUUAAUGCAUCGGACAUUGAUAAUCGGAAGUGAUUAGUUGGAACGUACGUAUCACCGAGAUGCGCGGCAUUCAAAGCGCCCGUCUAAGUACACUAUGUAUAAAGAGGAAAUUUUAUUCUAGGCUUAGAGGAGACGACAGAGAGAGCGAGAGAGAGGGAGCGUCGCGUGUCCGAACGCGAAACUUUGUACAAUUAAAAAAAAAAAAAGGAAAAAGGAGAAAAACACUGUUACGAUUAAUCUCGAACUUUUUAAGUGAACUUAAUAUGUUAGCGGUAUUGUAAUUAAGGGUAUAUUAUGACGACGUAUGACACACACAGUACGUUUUAAAUACACGGGUACGUGUUCCGUUUAAAACAGGCUGUGAAGGAAAUAAAGGUAGAGUCAAAAUGA